AUGUCCAGUUGUGUAUAUAUUGUGGAAAAAGUGGUCGAUAAACGUAUCAAAAAUGAUCGUAUUCAAUAUUUACUUAAAUGGAAAGGCUGGUCAAGUGCCUACAAUACAUGGGAACCAAUUGAACAUUUAAAUUGUGACAAGCUAAUAGAAAAAUAUGAACAAAGACAAAAACAUCUCACACCGAUUACGGAACAUCAACCAUCGAUAAGAGAACAGAAAAUAGAAUCAUCAUCUGUAAUGUUUGAUAACUGCAUAAAAAGUAUUUGUCAUCAAUCAUCAUUUAAAACAGAUAAUCCAUUUAAAAAUGGUGAACAUCGUUUAGAAAAAAUACUUGGUUUAAGACAAUGUGAUGAUGAAUCAAUGGAAUUUCAUUGUAAAUUACGGGGAAUUAAGCGUGGAAUAUGGAUAUCAAAUAAAAUUGUUAACGAAUGUUAUCCAAGAGAUGUAAUUCAAUUUUAUCAGCAAUCAUUAGAAUUUGACGAUUAA